AUGGCCACCACAGCCUGGGACGGAGAUGAUUUCGAGGUGCUGGCGCCCAUCGACACGAAGCCCUGUCAGGCCGGUGCGCUCCAGAACUGGCUGAAUGCCCGUCGCCGUGCGACGCUUGAGCUGAGCGCAGGGACAGUUCUGACCGGCUUCUCCUUCGGAGCUCCGGUGUCGGUCUCUGGCGAGGUGGUCUUCAACACGGGCAUGGUGGCCUACCCGGAGUCCCUCACGGACCCGUCCUAUGCAGGUCAGAUCCUGGUCUUCACCUACCCACUCGUGGGAAAUUAUGGGAUCCCUUCCGACGACCCGGACGACCUGGGCUUGUCGAAGUGGUUCGAAAGCGACCGAAUCCACGUGAAGGCCGUGGUGAUCUCGGACUACUCUUAUGAGCCCUCUCACUACUCCUGCGUGCGCACGCUGGGGGACUGGCUAAGCCGCCAGGGUGUGCCGGGCAUCUACGGCGUGGACACGCGCAUGAUCACCAAGAUCAUCCGCCAGGAGGGAGCCAUGCUUGGCCGCCUAUUGGUGAACGGCAGCGACGGUUGCCAUCCCGCCAUUCCUUUCGAGGACCCCAACACAAGAAACCUGGUGGCGGAGGUCUCCCGCUCUCAGAAGCAGACUUUCGCACAGGCAGCGCAGGGCCAGAAGGAGGUGCAGAUCAUUGCCGUGGACUGCGGCAUGAAGAACAACAUUAUCCGCUGCCUGGUGGCUCUUGGGGUUCGACUGACCGUGGUUCCUUGGGACUACGACUUCACCCAGGACCACUUCGAUGGCCUCUUCCUCAGCAACGGUCCUGGAGAUCCCAGCCAGUGCGCCCAGACGAUCCGACAUGUGAGGACGGUGAUGCAGCAGCGCCCCAACACACCCAUCUUCGGCAUCUGCCUGGGCAACCAGAUCUUGGCCCUUGCGGCUGGGGCGAAGACUUUCAAGAUGAAGUUCGGGAACCGUGGGAUGAACCAGCCCGUCGUGGACCUCCGCACGCAGCGCUGCUACAUCACUGCUCAGAAUCACGGCUUCGCCGUAGACGCCCAGUCCCUUCCCACCGGCUGGGUGCCUCUGAUGGUCAACGCGAACGACGGCACCAACGAAGGCAUCAUCCACAGCUCACGGCCCUGGUUCUCCGUCCAGUUCCACCCCGAGGCCUGCGGCGGGCCCAUGGACACGGACUUCCUUUUCAAGCAGUUCUUGCAGUUCAUCGCAGAGCCCGCCUCCACGGCCGUGACGACCAUCCCUUACUCCCUGCCGCUGAGCUAUCGCAAGGUGCUGGUGCUGGGCUCCGGCGGUCUGACGAUCGGCCAGGCAGGAGAGUUCGAUUACUCGGGCAGCCAGGCGCUGAAGGCCCUGAAGGAGGCCGGCAUCAUGUCCGUGCUGAUCAACCCGAACAUCGCCACCGUUCAGACCUCUGCGGGCAUGGCGGACCGCGUUUACUUCCUGCCUGUGACCCCUGAGUUCGUGACCAAGGUCAUCGACCGGGAGCGCCCGGACGGCAUCUUCGUGUCCUUCGGCGGCCAGACGGCCCUGAACUGCGCGUGCAGGCUCCACGAGCAGGGGGUCUUUGAUCGCUUCAACGUGCAGGUGCUGGGCACCCCCAUCGAGGCCAUCAUCAAGACGGAGGACCGCGACCUCUUCAGCCAGGUGGUGGACGCCUGCGGCGAGCGGAUCGCCGAGAGCAGCUGCUGCGGGUCGGUGGCGGAAGCAGUCCAUGCCGCAGAGCAGAUUGGCUACCCGGUGCUGGUGCGGGCCGCAUUCGCCCUUGGCGGGCUGGGCAGCGGCUUCGCCGACAACGAGAACGAGCUUAGGAAGCUGGUGACGGUGGCUUUGGUCAACAGCCCCCAGGUGAUCAUCGACAAGUCCUUGAAGGGUUGGAAGGAGCUGGAGUACGAGGUGGUGCGAGACAAGAACGACAACUGCAUCACGGUGUGCAACAUGGAAAACUUGGACCCCAUGGGCAUCCAUACAGGCGAGUCCAUUGUCAUCGCACCCUCACAGACGCUGAACAACGAGGAGUACUACCGGCUCCGGCAGUGUGCCUUGAAGAUCAUCCGGCACUUGGGCAUCGUGGGCGAAUGCAACAUCCAGUAUGCGGUCGAUCCCAAAAGCUCUCAGUUCCGCAUCAUCGAGGUGAAUGCCAGGCUCUCGCGCAGCAGUGCCCUUGCCUCCAAGGCCACGGGGUAUCCUCUGGCCUACGUGGCUGCCAAGCUUGCGCUGGGCCAUGACUUGGCGCAGCUUCGCAACAGCGUGACACGAUGCACCACUGCCUGCUUCGAGCCAUCUUUGGACUAUGUGGUAGCCAAGGUGCCCCGCUGGGACCUCCAGAAGUUCUCCACGGUGGACGCCCGCAUCGGCUCCGCCAUGCAGAGCGUGGGUGAGGUCAUGGCCAUCGGCCGAACCUUCGAGGAGACCAUCCAAAAGGCCCUGCGCAUGGUUGACGAGGCAAGCCCAGGCUUCGACCCAGCGCGCUAUGAGAUUGAGCUGGAAAGGCGAGGGAUCAGUGCAUUGCCGGGGCCGGAGUUGGAGAAGGAGGUGAAGAAGGAGCUCAGCAACCCCACCCCGGUAAGGCUUUGGGCUGUUGCGAAGGCUUUCGAGCUUGGCAUGGACGUGGCGGAUGUCCAUCGCCUCACCAACAUCGACCGCUGGUUCCUGGCCAAGCUCCAUGGCCUGCACCAGCUCAAGGUGGCCCUGCGUCUCAUGGACUUCUACGAGCUCCGAAGCCAUCCCGCGGUCCUGCGCGAGGCGAAGUGCCGCGGCUUCUCGGACUGCCAGAUUGCAGCGCUGGUCUCGGCUCCAGCGCUGGUGCACAUGGAGAUGUCCCCUCGGCUGCUGCCGACGGACUUCGGGGCAAGCCGCUACACCGGCGGUCCUGUGACAGAGGCCCACAUCCGGCACUUGCGCAGGAGUGCGGGCAUAGUUCCCAAAGUAAAGCAAAUCGACACGCUGGCGGCAGAGUUCCCGGCAGAGACGAACUACCUCUACCUGACCUACAGCGGCGAGGAACACGAUGUGGAGCUGCCCGGCAGCCAGGCGCCCACAGACGACGACUGCUUGCCCCCGCUGUCACUGCAGCCGUCCAUACCGGAGCCAAUGUCACUGCAGACCCCAGAGAGCCAGAAGGCGGAGAAGGAGUCCAGGGUGGUGGUCUUGGGCUGCGGGCCUUACAGGAUCGGUAGCAGCGUGGAGUUCGACUGGUGCAGCGUUUCCUGCGUGCGCACGCUGCGGAAGUUGGGUCACAAGGCCGUGGUGGUGAACUGCAACCCCGAGACUGUGUCGACGGAUUUCGACGAGUCCGACCGGCUGUACUUCGAAGAGCUAAGCCACGAGCGCGUGCUGGACAUCGCAGAGUUGGAGACGCCGCGGGGUAUGGUGGUGUCCGUGGGCGGGCAGACGCCAAACAACUUGGCCCUCGGCUUGCACCACUGCGGCGUGCGCAUUCUGGGCACCUCCGUUGAGGCCAUCGACACAUGCGAGGACCGCAAGAAGUUCAGCCAGCUCUGUGAUCAGCUUCGCAUCGACCAGCCUCAGUGGUCCCAGUUCGAGACUUUGGGGGAGGCCCGCAACUUCUGUCGAUCCGCAGGCUUCCCGGUGCUGGUCCGGCCCUCCUACGUGCUCAGUGGCGCGGCCAUGCGCGUGGUCACCAACGACUCCGAGCUCGAAGUCUUCCUGAAGACGGCCGCCGUGGUCAGCCGCGACCACCCCGUAGUGAUUUCCAAGUACAUCACCGGUGCGAAGGAGGUGGAGCUGGAUGCCGUGGGCAGAGCCGGCGAGCUCGUGAACUAUGCGAUCGCCGAGCACAUCGAGAACGCCGGCGUGCACAGUGGGGAUGCCUCCCUCCUGCUGCCGGCGCAGCGGCUUUUCGUGGAGACGCACCGCAAGGUGAAGAGUAUCUCGCAAAAGCUGUGCAAGGCUCUGAAGAUUUCGGGACCCUUCAACAUCCAGUUCAUCUGCAAGGACAACGAGGUGAAGGUCAUUGAGUGCAAUUUGAGGGCCUCGCGGUCCAUGCCCUUCAUCUCCAAGACCUACAACGUGAACUUCAUCGAGCUCGCGACUCGCGUCAUGGUGGGCAUGCCAGUGCGCUCAGCGGUCAUCCAGCCGAUGGACAUCGACUUCGUGGCCUGCAAAGCGCCCAUGUUUUCCUUCGGGCGCUUGAAGAACUCCGAUCCUCGGCUGGGCGUGGAGAUGUCCUCCACAGGUGAGGUAGCCUGCUUCGGCAUGAACGCCUACGAGGCGUUCCUGAAGAGCAUGGUGGCCGCGAAUUUCAAGCUUCCCUCGCAGAGCAUCCUCUUGUCGCUGGGUUCCCCGGCAGCGAAGAGCGAGUUCGUGAGCUCCGGGGCGGCCCGGCAGCUCCUGGAGAUGGGCUAUUCCCUCUACGCCACCAAGGGCACGCAUGAGCACCUCGUAGGCGCCGGGCUGCAGAGCAGCAUGGUCUUCAAGCCUCUGGUGAAGAGGGAGCCGAACGCCGCCACGCUCCUGCAGGGACGCAAAGUCGACCUGGUCAUCAACGUGCCCGACUCCAUGGACUCGGAUGCUCUCACGGACGGCUUCAGGAUCCGUCGGGGCGCUGUGGACUCAGGCACGUCGCUGAUCACGGACAUCAAGACCGCCAUCUUCAUGUGCCACGCCCUGCACCGGAAGUGGACGAGGGAGGCGAGCGGCAAGCCCUUCUGGGACAUCUGCUCUUGGCAGGAGUAUGUUGACAUCGUCGAGAGGCUCAACUAA